AUGCCGUUCUUCAAGAACCUGGGAAUCGAGCUUGAGGAGAGGUCCGCGGUGGUUGAUAUGGCCGUUGACCCUGUCCGUAAGAUGUUUAGCAGUCGGACACAGCAGCAACGGCCAUUCAAGGGUGAUAGUCUCGUUGCGCGUCAGCAGACAGAGACGAGUGGUAUGCGGCUCGGUCGGAAUGGAUUUGAGAGGACUUCGAGGUAG